AUGAACACAUCACUCCCCUCCUCUGAUUGUCCCUCUUCCAGCCAUGAGACUGUACAGGUGGUGGUAGCGUGCUUCUUCUUGCUCGUGUUCCCAAUUUCGUUACUACUCAAUGGGGUCGCAAUGUGGGUGUCUUUGCACCUCCAGUCAGUCUCCACCUUUAUAGUGUAUCUAAAAAACCUGGUGGUGGCGGACCUGGUCAUGACACUGAUGCUCCCUGUAAAGGCCCUGGCGAUGCUUCCUGAAGCAACAACAGAGUUGAGGGCAUUCGACUGCCGUUACACUGGUGUCAUUUACUUCACCAGUUUGUACACAAGCAUUGCUUUAAUGGGUCUUAUCAGCUUAGACCGCUUCUUCAAAAUUGUUCGACCAUUUGGAAAGCUUCUGGGACAAAAUGUGACGUUCAGUAUAAUAAUGUCUUCAAUGGUUUGGGUUGUCUUGUUUGGCUGUACAGCUAUCCCAAUAAUCAUUCUCACUGACCAUGCUCCUGCUAAUAUAACAGAUGAUGCAAAAGACUUCUGUACAUCACUGAAAGGUCCGGCUGGAGUAAAUCUUUCAACAUGUGUGGUGUUAUUUAUGGAGAUUCUUUUCUGGGUUGUUAGCAUACUGAUUGUGUUUUGUUACAUCUGCAUCACUGUGAAAGUCCUGCAGUCCUUCAGAAACUCGGGAAGCAACAACAGCCAAGGACAGAAAAAGACCAAACUACGAGUAUUCUCUGUCCUUUUUGUAUUUUUUGUGUGUUUCGUGCCUUGGCACAUACUCCGCAUUCCCGUCUCCCUCAGUGAAACCUCCGACACCUGCCCAUCAAAAUGGUUGCUGAUAGCACAUGAGUUAGCCCUCUGUGUCUCCUCCACCAAUGCCUGCCUGGACCCUUUUCUCUACAUCCAAUUGUGUAAAGAGUACAAAGCAAAACUGGCUGACAUGAUGAAGGGCAGCAGUGCCUGCGUUAAGUUAUAUUGUGGUGAGAGAAAGGUUUCAUAG